AUGCAGGUCAAUGCAAAAAUGGAGGUGGUGGUUUUCUGGCCGGAUGAGCUAACCAAUGCCCUGGAGAUCAGCAACAUUGUCUUUACAAGCAUGUUCGCUCUGGAGAUGCUCCUCAAACUCUUGGCUUUCGGCAUCUGGGGUUACAUCAAGAACCCCUACAACAUUUUUGAUGGCAUCAUUGUUGUCAUCAGUGUCUGGGAGAUCAUUGGCCAGGCCGACGGGGGUCUUUCGGUCCUGAGGACCUUCCGGCUCCUGCGGGUUCUCAAGCUGGUGCGGUUCAUGCCGGCUCUCCGCCGGCAGUUGGUGGUUCUCAUGAAGACCAUGGACAACGUGGCCACCUUCUGUAUGCUGCUCAUGCUCUUCAUCUUCAUCUUCAGCAUCCUAGGUAUGCAUCUUUUUGGGUGCAAAUUUGGCUUAAGGACAGAGACGGGGGACACCAUGCCAGACCGAAAGAACUUCGAUUCACUGCUGUGGGCAAUUGUCACCGUGUUUCAGGUUGUGGCUCUUGGCUUCUUCUCCGGAGAGCACACUUACCUCCAGAGCAGCUGGAACGUCUUGGAUGGGAUCCUGGUCUUUGUCUCCAUCAUCGACAUCAUCGUUUCCAUGGCGUCAGCAAGCGGAGCCAAGAUUUUAGGGGUCCUGAGGGUCCUUCGGCUGCUGCGCACCCUGAGACCUUUACGCAGCUGCAUCCGUGUGCCUGUCUCGGAAGCCAAAGCACCCCAUUCUUCCCAGCAGGACAAAGGUUUGGGUUUUGUCUCCAGGCAGCUUCGUUCACCCGACAUAAUUGCGAAACUGUCGCCAAACGUUUGUUCUGUUUUAUUUUGGGGGCGUUUCAAGGGCGACGCCAACAGAUCUGACACGGACGAAGACAAAACGUCGACCAACUUUGAGGAAGAGUUUGAGAAACUGAAGGAACUCCAUGCUUCUGAGAUGAAGAUGUAUUCGUUGGCUGUCACGCCCAACGGCCACCUGGAGGGCAAGGGCAGCAUGCCCCCGCCCAUCAUCAUGCACACUGCAGCCACCCCCAUGCCCACCCCAAAGGGGUCUCCACACAUGGACACCGCCUACCCUUUUGGGGACUCCAGAAGGGGCAGCAACGUCUCGGUGGAACCGCUCAGCUUUGACCAGAAAUCUUUGUCCAGCCUCCGCAGCUCACCCUGUGCCAACUGGGGCAGCCGCCGCUCAAGCUGGAACAGCCUGGGCCGGGCCCCCAGCCUCAAGAGGAAGACCCAGUGUAGCGAGCGGGAGUCCUUGCUUUCGGGGGAGGGCAAAGGCAGCACGGAUGAUGAAGCGGAGGAGGCCAAGCUCAGCACCCUCAGCCGGGGGGCUCUGCACCACCGGGCAGAGUCCCUGGACUGCCGGGGCGGCUUGGACCUGCCGGAACUCCUCCAAGUGCCCGGGGUCCACCCUCCGGUAGCCAUGCUGCCCCUCGAGUAUCAGGACUGCAAUGGCAAGUUGCUGCAGGUGCCCAGCGAGCUCUACCUACACCUGGAUGGGCGCAAAGAGGACCCCUUCGACUACGAUGACAGCAUGGAAGACAGUCUCUGCUACAGAAUCCGCAAGAACCUGGAGCCCUACAAGCCCAAUUGGUGCAAGAAUCAUGAGGACUGGUCCCUCUACUUGUUUUCCCCCCAAAACCGCCUCCGGGCCAACUGCCAGAGAGUCAUCGCCCACAAGAUGUUUGAUCACAUCGUCCUGGUUUUCAUCUUCCUCAACUGCAUCACCAUCGCCUUGGAGCGCCCGGACAUCGACCCCAACAGCACUGAGGACAGGGUCAUCAGCAGAGCUCCAGGUCUGAAACUGGUGGUGGAGACGCUGAUCUCUUCUCUUCGGCCUAUCGGCAACAUUGUCCUGAUCUGUUGUGCUUUCUUUAUCAUCUUCGGCAUUUUGGGAGUGCAGCUCUUCAAGGGCAAGUUCUACUACUGCGAGGGGGUUGACAUCCGAAACAUCUCCACUAAAACCGACUGCAGAAAAGCCCACUACAAAUGGGUCCGGCGGAAGUAUAACUUCGACAAUUUGGGGCAGGCCUUGAUGUCCUUGUUCGUCCUCUCUUCCAAAGAUGGCUGGGUGAACAUCAUGUAUGACGGAUUGGACGCCGUGGGGAUUGACCAACAGCCCAGCCGGAACCAUAACCUCUGGAUGCUUCUCUACUUCAUUUCCUUCCUCCUCAUCGUCAGCUUCUUUGUGCUCAACAUGUUCGUCGGGGUGGUGGUGGAGAACUUCCACAAGUGUCGGCAGCACCAGGAGGCCGAGGAGGCCCGGCGGCGCGAGGAGAAGCGGCUGCGGCGUCUGGAGAAAAAGCGCAGGAGUAAGGCGAUAUACAUGUCUGUGCAUGAGUUGGCAUCUCUUCUAAUGGACGUUGCAUGCCUAGUGGAACGUGGUGUGGUGGGGAACCUCGGCCUGCUAUUUAUGCUCCUUUUUUUCAUCUACGCUGCCCUGGGGGUGGAAUUGUUUGGGAAGUUAGACUGCAGUGAGGAAAAUCCUUGUGAAGGCCUCAGUCGGCAUGCAACCUUCAACAACUUCGGAAUGGCCUUCCUCACCCUCUUUAGGGUGUCAACUGGGGACAACUGGAAUGGGAUCAUGAAGGACACUCUCCGGGAAUGCCACCGGGAUGACAAGCACUGUCUCAGCUACCUUCCCCUCAUCUCCCCUCUGUACUUCGUCACCUUCGUCCUCAUCGCCCAGUUCGUCCUGGUCAACGUGGUGGUGGCUGUUCUGAUGAAGCACUUGGAGGAAAGCAACAAGGAGGCGAAGGAAGAUGCCGAGAUGGACGCCGAAAUCGAGCUGGAGAUGUCCAGAGGGAUCAGCACACCAGAAAGGACCAUGGAUGGGAGACAGACCCCUUCCAAGGGGGGUUCACCCCUGCUGGUGAAGCAUCAAGUCAUGGGAGCUUCUGCUGCUGGUGGUGGCCUGAGGGACCCCCAGAACCUCCUGACUCUCCGCAAGAUCUCGGUGGCAAGGAUGCAUUCGCUGCCCAAUGACAGCUACAUGUUCCGUCCUGUGAUGCCUGCAAAGCCCCCUUUCCCACUCCAUGAAGGGGAGUUAGAAGCCUUCUCCUACAGGUCACCUCGAGAAGCUCAGCGGCGUCCGUACUACGCCGAUUAUUCACCUGCCCGGAAAUACAUCCAUUCGCUCUGCACCAGCCAUUAUCUGGACCUCUUCAUCACUUUUAUCAUUGGGGUCAAUGUCAUCACGAUGUCCAUGGAGCACUUCGAUCAACCCAAGUCUCUAGAAGAGGCCCUGAAAUAUUGCAACUACUUGUUCACCUUCGUCUUCGUGGUCGAAGCCAUCUUGAAACUGGUGGCCUUUGGCUUCCGGAGGUUCUUCAAGGACAGGUGGAACCAGCUGGAUCUGGCCAUCGUCCUGCUGUCCAUCAUGGGGAUCACUCUGGAGGAGAUCGAGAUGAACGCCGCGCUCCCUAUCAACCCCACCAUUAUCCGGAUCAUGAGGGUGCUGAGAAUUGCUAGAGUGCUGAAGCUGCUGAAAAUGGCCACCGGGAUGCGGGCGUUGCUGGACACAGUGGUUCAAGCCCUCCCACAGGAGGCCGUCCGGAAGGACUCCUUGGAUAGCUCAGCGGUGGAGUCAAAGCCCUGCACCCAGGGAGAGAUGCGUGAAAACCCACCCCUGAAAAAGUUGUCUCACAGUAUUUUGGGGGCCCCUCAGCCACCCCCAGCCCCCACAUCCCUCCCAGGCAGUCCUCCCCUUGCCCAGCCCUCCCCUCCAUGCCCUUCAAGCAUCCAGACCGCCAGGGACAACUUCAGCCAGCACAACAUCUCAGAGAGGAGGUCCACCCACAGCAGCCUCCUGGACAGCUCCCUCUUCGAGUCCUCCGACUUGGCGGACGAAGAGGUCAGCCACAUCAACAGCUCUGCCGGGGAUUGGGGGGCGCAGCUGGAGAGCCGGGACUGCUCGGACUCCCCUUUCGUCUCCCCGGCGCCAUCUCCUGUCCCCUUCAGGAAUUGCAGCACAACCAGCUUGACCAUGGGGAAGGGCAAGGAGAAGGACCUGAAGAAGUUCUACAGCGUGGACACCCGGGGGUUCUUGGCCAAGCCGACGUGGGCGGAUGACCAGCGACGGCACUCCAUCGAGAUCUGCCCUUCGGUCGGCCAUGGGGAUCGCGGCUUCGCAGAGUCCUCUGAAAGGAGGAGGCUGCCUCUCCAGAUGCAGUCGGAGUCCGAGUACCUGCAUGGCAUCCGGAGGAAGAAGAAAAUGAGCCCUCCCUGCAUCUCUAUCGACCCUCCCAUGGAGGAAGACAGCAGCGCCACCACGACGCGCAACAAAGCCUCUGAGAACAGCCUGCUGAGACGGAGGACGCCCUCCUGUGAAUCCACGGCCUACAGGGACUCCUUGGAGCUGGCCGAGGGUCAGCCUGGAGAACUGGCCUGCAAGGCAGACCGCCGGGCACCCCCAGCCUGCCGAGGGGAACAUUUAACCAUCCCGAACUUCUCCUACAAGCCGACGGACCCUGGUUCCAUGGGGGAAACCUGUAAACACCUCUCGGAGAGCAACCAAUCUGCGGGGCCCUCUGUGGACUCCCCACCAGAGGGCCCAGAGCUGCCACAAACAGACCCCCCAGAGACUCAGGGUGACCCCUCUGAGGCAAACCAAGAAGGACUCGGAGGGGGCAAGAAAUGUCCCCUCCCGCAACACGGACAGGUUCCAGGGACCCCAAGCAACACAGAAGAGGGUGUGGACGAGCCGGUAUAGCUUCCAUGGGGGUGAUCUUUGGUGAACUUUAAGGGCUUUGCCACCACAUGUGGCUUCGAAGAGGAGAACAGGUUGGAAAGCCACCCUCUCCACGGCUGAUGCUGACCCCAAGACCCUCGGUUUCUCCUCACUGUGAAGGUCUGGUUAGUGUAGACACGGAACCGAAGUCCCAGAGAAGCUCCAGGUGUCCCGAGAGGUUGAGGGGUAACCGGAAGGAGCCCGAUUUCCUUCCCGCCCAGCACAAGGAGAAGCUGUUCCAAUGUUCCUUUUCCUCCCUCUUCCUCCCCUUCCCCCUCACCCAGCGUGGCCUCGGACCCCUCCAGGGGGGUCGCAGACCUUUCUUUUAUCUUUUUUAAAGGCAACCCGGGGUUGGUUCAGAAAAACUCCUUUUUCCGAAAGGGCACCUUUUCUUAUUGCACGAAAAGCGGUCGCGGGAAGCCCCCGUGAACAGGCAGAAAGCGAGUUGUAUAUUGUUCUGUAUAUCAGCAGUUACUAUAAAUAGAAAAACAUGUAUUUGAGAUUUUUUUUAAAAGGGAAAAAAAUGAAGAAAUCACAUACAUCACAGGCAGACACAUCGCGACAGACACACACACAUCGCCAGAAAGGUCCACAAGGAAGCUCUCUGUCAGGGGCAUGUUUUUGCAGAAAACCCACCCGUCAGGACGACCCCAGAGACAUCGGCCAGAGGCGCUGAGCGCCCCCCACUCCACCUAGUUACACCACCGUGCACCAACCACCGUCCAUUCUGAAGACCAGUGGAUCCGCCCUUCGCGUCCAUUUUCCCGUCCUUACGAGCCAAGGUCCCCCAAGUCGGCAACGUUAAGACCUGUGGACUUCAGUCCCCAGAGAGAGUUCCUCAGAAAUGGGGGAUUCUGGGAGUGGAAGUCCACAGUGUUUUAAAGUGGUCGAAAGAGGGAGACCCCUACCUUGUGGGGUGCCCUUAACCCUGCCAGUUCCAGCUGGAUCAGGCGUCCCGUGGGAGGAUGACUCGAUCCGUUUUGUUUCGUCUCUGCAUUCACGUCCAAUCCUCAGCGGAGCAAUGUCUUCGUAGGUUGGAUGUGGAGGCCUCACCACCACAUCCACUGCCGUCUUUUCGGUUUGGCCUCCGUCCCUUCAUUUUCCUUCGCUGCUCACAUCAUGCCUUGCCAGCUUUCUUCUGGUCCUUCCUCCUCGUUCCACAAAAAUGGGAAAAGAAAAGAAAAAAAACCAAAACCACUACUGAAUUGUAGCCAGUGCAAUAACAAUUAAGUUAUUAAUUCUUCUUAUGGGUAAAAGAAUCUCUCUUUUUUAUGGUGAUG